CCCGGAAGUGGAGGUGUUGUGGUUUUUCCCCCCCCCGGGCAGCGUUUCGAGCUUUUCUCGCCGGGUGAUUUCGGAGCCGAGUGGAGGAAGAGAGACCCGCCGCCAUGGGGAAAAGGCAGCACCAGAAGGACAAAAUGUACAUAACAUGUACAGAAUAUACCCAUUUUUAUGGAGGGAAAAAAGCUGAAAUUCCACAGUCCAACUUCCGGCGCCUGCCUUUUGAUCACUGUAGCUUAUCUUUGCAACCAUUUGAAUAUCCAGUUUGCACGCCAGAUGGGACCAUUUUUGACUUGCUGAAUAUUGUGCCGUGGAUAAAGAAGUAUGGAACCAAUCCAAUCACGGGGGAGACGCUUGAAGCGAAAUCUCUCAUCAAGCUGAACUUCGCCAAAAACAACGAGGGGAAAUACCACUGCCCGGUGCUUUUCACGGUCUUCACCAAUAACUCCCACAUCGUGGCCAUCAAGACCACCGGGAACGUGUUUGGUUUUGAGGCGGUUGAGCAGCUGAAUAUAAAAACCAAGAGCUUUAAAGAUCUGUUGAGCGAUGAGCCGUUUUCUAGGCAAGAUAUUAUUACAUUGCAGGAUCCCACCAACGUGGACAAAUUUAACGUCUCCAGCUUUUUUCACGUGAAGAACAAUUUGAAAGUCACUGACCCAGAUGACGAGAAAGCCAGGUCAGACCCAUCCUAUUACCUGAAAAAUGCCAACAUCGAGACCAAAGAGACACUGUUGGAGUUAUACAAAGAAUUCAAAGGGGACGACAUUCUGGCAGCUACCAUGAAAGAGCCGGAGAAGAAGAAAACGGACAGGCUGAAUGCGGCUCACUAUUCCACUGGGAGAGUCAGCGCUUCAUUCACAUCCACAGCCAUGGCGCCUGAGACGACCCACGAAGCAGCUGCCGUUGAGGACGACGUGGUGCGGUACCGGUAUGUCAAGAAGAAGGGUUACGUCCGGUUACACACCAACCAAGGAGACCUCAACCUGGAACUUCACUGCGACAUGACCCCUAAAACCUGUGAAAACUUCAUUAAACUCUGCAAGAAGAACUACUACGACGGGACCAUAUUUCACCGAUCGAUUCGUAAUUUUGUGAUUCAAGGUGGAGACCCAACCGGGACGGGAACAGGAGGAGAAUCGUACUGGGGAAAGCCGUUCAAAGACGAACUGAGACCCAACUUGUCCCACACGGGGCGAGGUAUCCUCAGCAUGGCCAACACAGGGCCCAACAGCAACAAAUCUCAAUUUUUCAUUACUUUCCGCUCCUGCGCAUACCUGGAUAAGAAGCACACCAUAUUUGGAAGAGUCGUCGGAGGCUUUGAGACCCUCACUGCAAUGGAAAAUGUGGAGAGCGAUCCUAAAACAGACCGUCCCAAGGAAGAAAUAAAAAUCGAAUCCACAACAGUUUUUGUUGAUCCCUACGAAGAGGCAGACGCCCAGGUCGCCCAAGAAAGAGAGAAGGCCCAGCAGGAAGAAGAGGCAGCGAAGAGAGAAAGCAAAGAAGUCCCAAAGAAAGAACCUUCCACACCAAAAACGUAUCGCACCGGAGUUGGGAAAUACAUAAAUAUAGCAGCAGCGAAGCGAGCAGCGGAAGAGGGGCCGUCCACCAGCGGGGCCUCCAAGAAGGAGAAGAAAACCAGAGGCUUCGGAGACUUCAGCUCGUGGUAGCCCAUGGCGGAGGACCAGUUCCAAACCAUCCUGGAGAAGCCCAGAUUUGUGCCUCCGCUGCUGUCCCAAAAAAAUACGAGACUUAACAAUCUUUCCUUGGCAGCCCUUUGUUGGUUAUGAAGGGUUUUGGUGAAAGACGGAGCUUUCCCUGGGGUGCCUUGUAAGCCAAUGACAACUCAGAAGGACCCGCAAAUUUUGAUGGGGCGUGAUCCAAGUAGAAGAAAAGGGAGAACUUCCACGAGUGUUUUGAUGGACGAAUUUGGGAGAAGACCGUUUGGGUGGAAAAACUACGGUCCUUCCCAAGGUGGGCCUCCCAAGCUACCAUUUUGAAACAGCUGCCCAGAUGUGCUUGGAAAAAAACCCAAAACUUUGAUCUCUGCAACCUGAUGACUUCCCACCUAGACAUUCCAAGCCAACAUCUUGGUUUAGAUGGACCCAGAUCCUCAACCGUUGCUUAGCGAGAAUUCUGCUUCAGAAUAAACUCCCAUAUCUACCUAAUGUCGCAGCGCUACUCCAAUUUCUCUUAGCUACCAUGUUUCCCCCAAAAUAAGACCGGGUCUUAUAUUAAUUUUUGCUCCAAAAGGAAAAUUAGGGCUUAAUUUCCCGGUUAGGUCUUAUUUUGGGGGAAAUACGGUACUAAACGCUUCCGUCUGCUGACAAUCUUAACUGGGUCUUAUUUUUGAGGUAGGGCUUAUAUUACGAGCAUCCGGAAAAAAUCAUGCUAGAGCUUAUUUUUUGGUUGGGUCUUAUUUUCGGGGAAACAGGGUACUGAAGAGCUGUUGGUCCACCUUCUCUAGAACCAGAAGCUUCCACGCUGCCACUUCGAUGUGUAGCCUAAAAUAUCCUGGGCCCAUUGAGAAGGCCUCUAGGAAAACUCCCCGUGGCUUUAGGCCUCUGGCUUAUUGGCGUAAACCCAGCUAGCCACUUGAUCUCUAGCUAGCCUCUUUGGGGGAUUUCAACCCCCUUCUUGUGGAAGACGGAGGGAUUUCUGGUCCCUAGAUAGAAACUAAUCCAAAACCAAAGAGUGUAAGUGAUUAAUUUCCUGCUAACAGUGAUAAAAGUUGAGCAGAAACAAGUAGUUGGGAAGCCUCUGUUUGAAGAAAGGCAAAAUAGCAACAAGGAAGGGUUGAAGGAUCUUUGGAGUGGUGCGGCGGCCCAGCGGUGGAGCUCUCGCCUCACAAUCAGGAGGCUGUGAGUUCAAUCCUAGGUAGAGGCAGAUAUUUCUCUCUGGACCCACAAUGAGAAUAUAUCUGUUGAACACAAUAAGAAUAUAUCUGAUGAACAAAACUCCAACAGAAAGGGCAUCCGGCCAUUAAAACACUCUGCUAGUUCCAUUCAGCUGCCCAGACUCCACCCCACAAGGGAUGAUGGGGGCGUUUAAAGGUGAUGAUGAUGAUGGGUUGAAGGAUCUUCCCGAAACGGCAAAGUAUUUUAGCCCCUUUUCUUCAUCACUGCCCUUCAAGUAACCUUUGAUGGCAAUGCUUGGUUCCCCUUCUCUACCAAAAUGGAGCUACUUGUAUGUUGAGGACAUGUGCUUUUAGUUUGUUCCGCCUCAAAACAGACAUUUCCGUCUGGGAAACGGACGCAUCUGGAGGUCCCUAGAUCUCUCAAGAGUUGUCGUUCCACCCGACAAUGUCAGAAAACGUCUAGUUUGGGUCCAGUGUGAACUUCCUGAGGCUUCUCACCUCCGCUUCUAGGUAAUGCAGUACAGGGGUGGGCUUCAAAAAUGUUAGCAAGGGGUUCUCUGCCUGGUUGCUGGGUGGGCGUGGCCAUGGUGGGUGUGACCUAGUUGCCCUCCUGCACUACAGGGGAGGGGGGAGCAUUUUUGCCCUCCCCGGGCUUUGGAGGCUUUCCUUGAGCUUCCGGGAGGGCGAAAACAGCCGCCCCAGGCUCCGGAGGCCCUCUGGAAGCUGGAAAGGAGCCCGUUUCCAGCCUUCCCGAACUUCCGGUAGGCCUGUUUUUCGCCCUCCCCGAGCCUCCGCAUGCGCCCUGCACUUACCUGCAUCCAAAACGGGCUGCGUGGAGACUCCUGGGAGGG